AUGUAUAUUCCGAAAAAGAAUUUAAAAGAAAAUUGGGAAGAAGUAGAAUACCUAAUUGAAAAUUACCCAUUAGCUACAAUAAUAACAAUAGAUGAAGGUUCAAUUAUAGCAAAUCAUAUACCAUUUGUUUUAAAAAUUGAUGAAUCCGGUGGAUCAAAAAAAUUAUUAGCACAUAUAGCAAAAUCAAAUCAUCAAAUUCCUUCAUUAAAAUCAAAUGAUAAUGUUGUUGUCAUAUUUCAAUCUAUAAAUUCAUAUAUAACACCAGAAUAUUACCCCACAAAACAAGAAACUCAUAAAGUUGUACCUACAUGGGAUUUUGCAAGUGUUCAUAUUCAUGGUAUUUCAAAAAUAAUAGAUGAUUUUGAAUUUGUAAGAAAUCAAUUAAAUUUAUUAGCUGAUCAAGAAGAAGGUAAAAAACCAACAAAUCAAAAAAAAUGGAAAGUUAAUGAAGCUCCUGAAAAUUAUUUAAAAAUUAUGCAAAAAAAUAUUGUUGGAUUAGAAAUUGAAAUUACAAGUUUUGAAUGUAAAUAUAAAUUACAACAAGAUAUGAGAAAACAAGAUUUAGAUGGUGUUAUUGAAGGUUUAGCUAAUGAUAAUAAAAUUGAAUUAUCUGAAUUAACUAAAAAGACAAAUUAUGAAGAUACUCAAUAG